CUUUGGCUCUGCAAUCAGCAGCAUCUGGCGACAAACUGAGGUCCCCGCCUCGUGAUGGGCGACUUCCGCUGUGGCAGCCUACCUUGCGAGCAUAACCGUGCUGCAUGUCACGUCUUCCACUCUCCUACAAUUCCAAACCUUCAAUGCUUCUAUCACGACUCAGGUGCCAACAACACUAGGGUGGCCAACCGAUUUAUUGUACAACGACACUCUCACCCUGGAACUGCAAACAAUUACCCCAUCCCUACAACUUAUCAAUCAGUUGACUGGACUCGUGUCUGCAGGAUUAUCCAACACUACGCUCUACGACACUUCCGAAAUAAGCGAUAUAGCAGGACAUGCAACUGUAAACGCAACGAUGGUAACCUCGAGUUGCGCAUUGAUUCCAAAUGUGACAUACUCUGCAAAUACCAACAAGGUGAUCUUGCCGUCUGGGCCAGAUUCUUUUGUGCUUCAUGCGAGCACUCUCGGGCCAGACCAGAUACAUAUAAUUCCAUGGGAAGAAUUUAAUCAAACUUCCGGUCCCUCUGUCUGGGAGAUCAACGGUAUUUGUCUUAUGGUCUCCACAUUAUUGGAGAUCGACCCUUCAGUACAAGAUGAGGUCGCUGUAAACAUCACUCGGUCAGUUGAGUCUGAUACCAUCGACUACGUCAACCAGGUCUAUUUUAUACAAUGCUCUCUGUCAGCCAACACUACAGAUGCGGAGGUCGACAUGCAGACCAACAAUUUACUGAGUUCUACACCUAUAUCGCAGCCAUCCACGCAAUGGAAAAUCAAUCAAAUCGAGUUGUCGAAGAAUUGGCAAGCACAGAUCGGCGGUGCUUUGGCUACCGAUGACAGCAGCGAGAUUACAUCUAGUAUUACACCUUCACAAUUCACUAAACUUUCUAUUACAGACGAGUAUAUCAUGUCAUUGGUAGACUUGAGCACACAGACAUAUUUAAAAUACCAACUCGAUCAACCUCCUACAUUCACUUUGAGACUGGAUAAGCUAGAAUUUGCGGUUGCGAAAGCAGCUGCACAACUCAUAUGGCUAGCGACACAAAAAGGCCAAAUCGGUGCAGAAAUUCACACUGGCAUUGGGAAGGCCUAUGUCAACGGAAUGUUCAUUGCCCUACGCCUGAACAUCAACUUUCUUCCUUUGGUUUUCGCGGCCUCUGCAUCAGUAAUCAUGUUAGGACUGGCGCUAGAUAUGACCCGAGCAUUCGAUGCAUCGCACGAUAGGCAGGCCCAGGCUGCUAUCCAAAACAUAGGUGUACUGCAACUCUUGUGGUUGGGUCAUCGUACAGCCUCUGUCAAUAAAGUCCUGAAAGGUGUGCAGGAUUCGACAGAGGCCAAUCUGCGGCGAGCAGGCAUGGAGGUAGAUGUCUGUUUUAUGAAAACAAUAUCCGAUGAAGAAGAGUCUGGGAGUUCAACUGAUAGCGAUAGUCUCUUUUGUGAUGACGACCACUGUUGUGAUGAUGAGAAGUGAUUUGGGUUUGAGAAUGGAGGGGUGGAGUGCUACUGCUUGUUUAUACUACAUAUUGUGUCUUUCGGUGGUUCAUACUGCUCUGGUGCGGAGGUCCGUACUGUAGUUGUUUUUGGGGUUGUUUCUUGAUCUAGAUGCGAAGUUGUGGCGGUUGCACACCACUAACAGCGCUCCCUACUAUACCAUGUGAUUUGCUCGUCACUUUAACAUACCUUACAGUC